CCCUCCAGAAACUAAAACAACUGGAGUUACACAACAAACAGGUCCAGUCCCUCCAGAAACUAAUACAACUGGACUUACAGGAUCAACAUCUAAUUCCAUUUUCACUACCACAUUUCCAUCACCACCUUGCAUGCCGGUGUCCAUCGAAAUUCAGAACGUGACUGGGGAAGAAAUACAACUCAGCUGGACCGGUGGCGGCACAGGCAGCCUCUACAACAUCUCCCUCAUGGAUGGAAAGCAGGAGAUAAAAAAAACUACUACAAAAGAGACAAAAGCUGUGUUUAAACAUCUACUUCCUGCCCAUGUGUACAUGAUAUCUGUGGGAGUGUCAUCCUGUGCUGAGAAUAACCGGGCGUCAGUUACCGUCCGAACAGAUUCUGUUUCCUGUUUCAACCGAACUGAGUUCUGUUUACCAGAAAAUACUGGCUGUUCUGACUUAAAAGGCAUUGUAUGCUCUGAUAACCAAGCAUUUGCCUGCAGAGUUUCGUUGAAAAGACAGAUAUUUAACAAUACACUUUAUAACUCUGAUAGUGAAGAAUACAAAGCAAUGGCUGAGAGUAUCAAAACAGACGUUGUCAGAGAAAUGCGCCUCGAACUGAGGGAUGAACGCUUCGACAUCAUCGUGCUUGGGUUCAGACCUGGGAGUGUGAUUGCUGAUUUUAUUUCUCUGCUGCCAAAAGUGGAGCCCGUAGAUGCGAAUGUUAUACAGACCCACCUGAGCCAAAUAUUAAAGCGCAAGUUUGGGGACGAAACUGAACUAACUGUACAAACUCUGUCUGUUCAGUCACCAACUGACAACAUUUAUGGCUGGAGAGUAGCAGUGAUUGUCCUUGGAGUUUUACUUGGAGUUGCAUUAGUGCUGAUUCUUCUGGCAAUAAUAUUUUACAUCUGUAUGAGGAGAAGGUGGGGCAAAUACUUCGUUGAACCACGGGACUCAUGGGAAACUUUGUCUAAAAGCACUUAUAGGAUGCACAAUGUUUCAUUUACAUCUUUGCAAUAAGGCAGAAAAGUAAGAUAUUUGUCUUAAAAUUCUAUGUCAGUUGUUUAUAUUAAUUUAAUUCUACCUGAUCCUUCCCAAUGUCCAUCACCAAAUUCCUGAGCUCCUAACAGCCUCCAGUGAAUCAUCCUUUUAAAGGUAUGGAGUGAGGAAUUUUCCCCAUGGGGGAAGAGUGAGGAGCAGAGAAACCUGUGCUCAGCCUGUCCCUUAGAGGUAUUACAAUGACUCCUAACAUGGAUUUUCUAGAGAGAAAGGAUCCAAACUACUCAAUACUUUCUUGUAUUUAGAUGGCAUAGCAAGCAGAGUAACUCAGCUUGGUACCUGUGGCAGGUUACUUGAAUGCUCAGCUGAGCCCAGAGUUGGGCUUUAUGCACUUAGCCAAGGGUGAUUCACCUCCCCUGAGGUUUUUAUCACCAUGUGAAGAUGCCUCUUUCUCUCCAGUGGCUGCA